UGCUGCUGUAAUCUGACAGUCAGCGGGCUUCGACUGUAAAAUCUCUCUUCUAAUUCAUGACGGCAGAAACACGCAGGCGGCUGGAUUAUCGUCUUUUUUCACGGCAGCGUCGCGGACAGGCAGCCUGCACUCGGCCGGGAGCAUGGAGAGAAAAAGUCUACCUGUGAAGCGUAUCCUCAACAAGCCGCAGAUCUUCCGCAGCAGCGCCCACCCCGACGUGACGGCCGGACACUCGGCCCGCGGCGGCCGCACGCUCCUGACCAAAGUGCAGCCGAGCCGACACAAACACCUGUACGACGGGAACCACCAGAUCAGGGCCAAACCUGACUUGAACACAACGCUGCCAGUCCGACAGACGGCCUCCAUCUUCAAACAGCCGGUGACCAAAGUGACCAACCACCCCAACAACAAGGUGAAGACGGACCCCCAGAAGGCCGUGGAGCAGCCCAAGCAGCUCUUCUGGGAGAGGAAGCUGAGCGGCUUGAAUGCGUUUGACAUCGCAGAGGAGCUGGUGAAGACCAUGGAUCUCCCCAAAGGUCUGCAGGGGGUCGGACCCGCCUGCUCCGACAAAACGCUGCUCUCCGCCAUCGCCAGCGCUCUGCACACCAGCCCGGCGCCCAUCACCGGCCAGCUGACGGCCGCCGUGGAGAAGAACCCCGGCGUGUGGCUCAACACGGCGCAGCCGCUCUGCAAGGCCUUCGUGGUGACGGACGACGACAUCAGGAAGCAGGAGGGACCUGGUGCAGAACGUGACGGCGCGGCUGAGGAGGCGCUGAUGGCCGACAUGCUGGCUCACAUAGACGACACCGCCGCAGAGACGGCGGCGGCCCAGCAGGUGGAGGAGAAGGUGGAGCAGAUGGACAAGGAGGACUUAUAGCUAAGGCCUGCUUCUCCUCACGUCUGCUGGUAACUUUUUCAAUAUUCAAAUGUAGAUUUGUACACAGUUAAGCUGAAACAGACUUAAAGUGCAGACAUUCUGCAGACUGCUUUUGUUGUUAACACAGACCCACACGCCCUGAGAGGGGGUGUGGGUCUUCUCUUUUUUUUACCUCUACGUAAGUCUGGCAGCGUGUGGAUGGUGCUCGACACGACGCAGUGUUUCAAACCGUGUGUAUUCCUACAGCGUGGAUGAGUGUUACAGUGUGUGUUCAUUUCUCCUCCUCCGGCUUCGCUCCAGACAGCAGGUUCAGUGAAAACCAGGUUUCCCUUCUGAGAAAAGCUCAAACACUUCCUGUAGUCCCAAGGACCGAGGCCGACACGUCCCAGUGUUCCCUGAACGCAGCACGGUGUGAGAGGAGCUCCUCGACCUGAUCGGCUGCUGUUUGUCACAAAUCAUGUAAUAUUAAUAUUCAGCAGAGGAUGGAAGUCAUUGAGACUUCUGUUAAGGCAGACCAUGAGGGAGCUCUUUAAACUGCCUUUUAGCACAAAUACUGUAAAGUUAACCAGGAUAAACAGCGGUUCCUCAAGCCUGUUGGUUUGUGGGUCAACCUGGGUUCAUGAAACCUGCUGCUGGACGUUUAGCCGGGACUCCUUGUUUUCUAACCAGCCGAUGUGUUCAGCUCAGAGCGUCUGUGGCUGAGAAUGACUGAAGGAUUCACAUUGUUUGUUCUUCUCACAUAAGUUUACGGUUCAUGAUGUUUCUAUUGUUUUUUUCUUUUUCUUUUUUUUUUUUUCUUUUUUUUAAGCCACAUUUGAGUUUGGACAGAAAAGGGUUGUAAAUACCAAACCAGUGUACUGUUCCUCUCUGUGC